AAUAUUUAUGAGUAGAAUCAUUCCUACAUAAGUAUUCAUAAAAAAACGUUUAUGAGCAAAAAUGCUUUAUAUGAAAGUACUCCUAGACUCGCCCUAAGUAAAGCGUUUUUCGGUCCGCAUUUUCAAAUGUUGUGUCAGGCAUAUAAAAUAUUUGUAUUGGUAUGGUACUAAUGGUCUUAUGAUCUAAUGUUUUUUUUCAUUGUGUUUUUGAAUAUUCGGUUCAGUGGUUGCAGAGGAAUAACCAACCGAGAGGGCUAUAAACAUGGAAUCUGAAGGUACACCAUAUGCACCAAAGAGCAUCCUCAUAACAGGAGCAGCAGGAUUCAUAGGCAGCCACGUGACCAAUCGCCUAAUAAAAAACUAUCCCAGCUACAAAAUCGUUGCUCUUGACAAGAUAGACUACUGCUCUAGCUUCAAGAACCUUAGGCCUUGUCGUUCCUCCCCGAAUUUCAAGUUUGUCAAGGGAGACAUUGCCUGUGCUGAUCUCAUAAACCAUCUCCUGAUUGCCGAUGAGAUCGACACCAUAAUGCACUUCGCCGCACAAACCCACGUGGACAAUUCGUUCGGAAACUCGUUCGAGUUCACCAACAACAAUGUCUACGGCACUCACGUCCUCCUCGAAGCAUGCAAGGUCACGCAGCGAGUGAAGCGCUUCAUUCAUGUGAGUACUGAUGAAGUUUAUGGAGAGACGGAUAUGGAGACCAAUAUUGGAAACCCUGAGGCCUCUCAGCUCCUCCCUACAAACCCUUACUCAGCCACAAAAGCUGGGGCUGAAAUGUUGGUCAUGGCAUACCACAGAUCCUACGGUUUGCCAACAAUAACAACUAGAAGCAACAAUGUGUACGGACCCCACCAGUAUCCAGAAAAGCUUAUCCCAAAAUUUAGCCUUCUUGCAAUGAAAGGUGAGAAAUUACCAAUCCAUGGGAAUGGAUCAAAUGUGAGAAGCUAUUUGUAUUGUGAUGACGUGGCUGAGGCAUUUGAUGUGAUACUUCACAAGGGAGUGAUAGGGCAUGUUUACAACAUUGGCACCAAAAAAGAGAGGUCAGUUUUGAACGUGGCAGAAGAUAUUUGCAAAAUGAUUGGUUUGAAUUCAAAGGAAGCUAUAACUUUUGUGCAAGAUAGGCCUUUCAAUGACCAAAGGUACUUUUUGGAUGAUCAAAAAUUGAAAAGGCUAGGGUGGGAUGUGAGGACUAGUUGGGAGGAAGGGCUGAAGCUGACGACAGAAUGGUACACGAAGCACGCGGAUUGGUGGGGUGAUGUGUCUGCUGCACUUCACCCACACCCAAGUUUCGCAGUGAUUAGCCGACCGAAUGAUGAUUCUUGGUUCUUCGAAUAUGGGUUCACAAGGCUGUCGAGAACAUGCAAUGAGGGUAGCAAUAGUUCUGAAUUGAAGUUUUUGAUAUAUGGAAGGACUGGAUGGAUUGGAGGGUUGUUGGGGAAGCUUUGUAAGGGUGAAGGAAUUGAGUUUGAGUAUGGGAAAGGACGACUUGAGGAUAGGAAGUCUCUGCUGGAGGACAUCACAAGAGUACAACCAACCCAUGUGUUCAAUGCUGCUGGAGUUACUGGGCGGCCAAACGUUGAUUGGUGUGAAUCUCACAAGGCGCAAACAAUUCGGACUAAUGUAGCUGGCACGCUUAAUUUGGCUGAUGUUUGCAAGGAUCAAGGUCUGUUGAUGAUGAAUUUUGCGACCGGAUGCAUUUUUGAGUAUGACAAGGAGCAUCCCCUAGGAUCUGGUAUUGGAUUCAAGGAGGAGGACAACCCUAAUUUCACCGGUUCCUUCUAUUCGAAGACCAAAGCCAUGGUGGAGGAGCUGUUGAAGGAAUAUGACAAGGUGUGCACCCUCAGAGUGAGAAUGCCAAUAUCAUCAGACCUCAGCAACCCUAGAAACUUCAUCACAAAGAUAGCGCGCAACGACAAGGUUGUGAACAUUCCCAACAGCAUGACAGUCCUAGAUGAGCUCCUACCGAUCUCCAUUGAGAUGGCUCGGAGGAACUGCAGAGGAAUAUGGAACUUCACCAACCCAGGAGUCAUAAGCCACAACGAGAUCCUAGAGAUGUACAGGGAUUACAUUGAUCCAAAGUUCAAGUGGCAAAAUUUUGACCUAGAAGAACAGGCCAAGGUGAUUGUCACGCCAAGGAGCAACAACGAAUUGGAUGCUUCAAAGCUGAAGAAAGAGUUCCCCGAAUUGCUUUCGAUCAAAGAUUCAAUCAUAAAAUAUGUCUUUGAGCCCAUCAAGAAGACUUGAACAGCAUUUGGUUGUGUUAGAGACGAGGUGUGUAGAUUUCUUAUAUUUACUUUUUCGUCUUCAUAUUUUUCUUUCAUUUACUUGAUAGAAUUUUUCAUAAACGAUUUAAUUUGCAUAGGCAAGAGUUCAAUUUAAUUUGCUGUCUAUUUUUUAUUUUAAAAUUUUAUUAUUAUUAAGGGGAAGGGGCUUCGAAACUACCAUAAACUAUUAAGUCUUUCAAGUUAACAAAGACAGGAGUUCAAUUUAAUUUGCUGUCUAUUUUCUAUUUUUAAAAUUUUUAUUAUUAUUAAGGGGAGGGGGUUUCAAAACUAUUAAUGUAAUCAGUGUAUUACAUUGUGCAGAAUCAAUGUAUUACAUUGUGCAAAUCAGUUUAUUACAUGAAUUUUUCUAACACCUUUCCUACUAUUUUAGAAUAAUUAAAAAAAAAAGACUUAAUAAGAAAGAGUAGAGCCCUGGGUGAGUCAUGUUGGGACCAACAACGAUGUUUUGGCCAGUGUAUAUCUACUAACCAUUGUAAUCAUUCAUUGAGGAGAAGUUAAUGAAGAAACCAUUAAUUAAUUAAGUUUGCAGCACGUGGUUUCAAAGAUGGUAAUCGCCCAUAAACUUAAUUAAGCUAGAACUUCGAAGAAUUUGGAUUAAGCCAGUACUAAGAAUUUGGAAAGUUGCAGACAAUUAAGUGUGCUUUUAGAGCAUCUCUAAAUGAGAUGUCAAAAUUCUAGGUAUAAUACUAAUGUGCAUAUUUGACAUUAAAAGUUUCUCCAACCAAAAUGUUAUUUGCUGACUGAAUUUGAAGGCUUAGUGAUGAUGUUAAAUUUGACAUCAAUGUCAAAUUUAUUUU